AUGACCAGCCAGGCUCCUACCAAGCCUUGUUCAUCAACAACAACUUCAGAUGUGUGCACACUUACAGUAUCAGGGGGACAAUUGGAUAUUUGUUUUGAUUCUCUGUUGCCUGCCACCAGUGAUGUGACGAUUCAAACUUCCGCCCGGGGUGAUUUGAACAGUAAUAUUGAGUUCUAUGAUGUAUUGAACCAAGAUGGGGACACCUUGGGUCAAAAUAAUGGUGGACCUGCUCAAUGCUCUGCUUCCUAUGAACAGGCUGAUUUUGUUGUGCCACAGGCCUUGUUCAAUGCUUGGGUAGCAACUGGCUUUGUCAGUUUCAUAAUGGAUGCCUCUGCAGAUGUGAGUGCUUCACUAGCUGGCUGCUUUGGACAAAAUGAUGCGUACAUCAAUCUGGUCUAUCAAGACACAACACCCAGUACAACUCCAAGCUUCCAGCCAAGUAUGAAUCCUUCCCUCAGUGUGCAACCCAGUGAAGUUCCAAGUGCACUGCCAUCAUUGGAGCCAAGUACCAGCAUCAUGCCAAGUUUCAAUCCCUCACUCAGUAUAAAACCUUCUGCCCUGCCAAGCUCUCUGCCAUCAGUCCAGCCCAGUGAAGUUCCAAGUCUCACACCCAGUAGGGAGCCUUCUGCCCUACCCAGCUUAUCCCCAAGCAGAAGUCCAAGUUUAUUGCCAUCAGUUAGCUUGGCACCCAGUAAUUUUCCAAGCAUGGUUCCAUCACUUAGUGCUCAGCCCAGUGCCUACCAAGCCUCACACCCAGCAGGGAGCCUUCUGUGAUGCCAAGUUUCAAUCCAUCUCUUAGCAUUGAACCAAGCAUGAACCCUUCAGUCAGUAUAAAACCCAGCCGUACACCAAGCACCUCUCCGAGCAUGAACCCGUCAGUCAGUAUAAAACCCAGCGGCACACCAAGCACCUCUCCGAGCAUGAACCCUUCGCCCCCCGUAUAAAGUGUAAAAGUCAG